CAUGGCUUCGUCCGGCUCCUCCAGCACCUCAAGCGGGCCCGUCGCCACAGGAUCUCGAAGGAGGCGGCUCGUUCUGAGGCUGAGCCAGAAGGACGCCCUGCAAGCGCUCUUUCAACGGAACCCCUACCCUGGGAUAGCGACCAGAGAACGGCUGGCCCGGGAGCUUGGCAUUGCCGAAAGCAGAGUUCAGGUCUGGUUCCAAAACCAACGCAGAAGACGGUCAAAGCAGAGCCGAUCGCCGCCGUCUGAAUAUGUGCACCGAGAAGGGGAAGCGGGGCCAACGUCCACGCCCACGCCACCGUCGCGCCCGCCUCGACCUCAGUCUUCCUCUCCAGGAGACUCGGCCCGAGAGGCCCGGAGAAAGAGGACCGUCAUCUCUCCUUCCCAAACAAGCAUCCUUGUGCAAGCCUUCACGAGGGAUCGCUUCCCGGGGAUUGCCGCCAGGGAAGAACUGGCUCGUCAGACGGGAAUCCCAGAACCUCGAAUCCAGGUAUGGUUUCAAAACCGAAGAGCUCGGCACCCCCAGCAGAGCCCGAGCGGGCCCGGCGGCGCAGCAGCCACGACUCCUCCUGCUCCAGAGGACCGAAGGGCCCCACCCGCUGUCCAGAGCACCUCUCCUCCCCUUCGCCCCUCCCCGCCACAGGAGAGCAUGCCACCCUCGCGGGCGGCGGCGGCCGCAGCUGCUCCGUUCGGGCCCCCGCCUUCUGGAGCCACAGCCCCAGCCCCGCAGCCUCCCAAGCUCGACGAGCCUCCUCGACGAGCUCUUGGCGGCCGCGGGCGUCCCCGCCUCGCCGGGGCCUUCCCGGGGGCCGCUGCCGACCACGGGUGGACCCGGCCCUGCCAGGCGCACCCAGCCUCCUCGACGAGCUCUUGGCGGCCGCGGGCGCCCCCGCCUCGCCGGGCCUUCCCCGGGGCCCUCUGCCGUCGCAGC